AUGUGCGGCGAAGAGGUUGGCUAUGCCAUUAGCCUCGAGGGGAAGGAAUCAGAAAGGACUCGUCUCCGGUUCUGUACUGAUGGCCUUCUACUUUCUGAGGCCCACCGCAAUCAGACUUUUGCCGGGUACUCAUGUAUCAUCAUCGACGAGGUACAUGAGCGCAGCCUACAAACCGACAUUCUCUUGUUGUUGCUCAAAACUGCCAUCAAGAAGCGGAACGAUCUCCGCGUCAUCCUCAUGUCAGCAACUGUGGAGGCCGCCAAGUUCCAGGAGUAUUUUGGCGGAGACACCCCGAUCUUGAGCAUAUCGGGUCGCCAGCAUCACGUGGAAGAGUACUUUCUUCCAUCGCCAGCAGAGGGGAAAACUCCGGCAACGUCAACGAGUGAGGGGGAAACCCCGGUGUUGGAAGAGGAGGAGGCCACUCCUGAUGUGGUGGAAACUGCAGUGUGCACUGCACUGCACAUACACAACCACAUGGGUCCAGGCGACAUCCUGAUCUUCCUGUCUGGCGAGCAGGAGAUCUAUCGGGCCCGAGCCAUGCUGAUGGCUGAGGCAACAUCGCUCGAGGUCAUCCCUCUUCACGCCUCGCUCUCGAAGACGGCACACUUCAGCUCAUCGAAGGUGCAUUGUCAGCACAAACGUGGCCGAGACAAGUUUGACUAUCGCAAACAUUGUCUACAUCAUUGA